CUUUUUUAUUUUUCCAUUUUCGUCCGAUAAAUCAUAGAGGCGGAAGCAGGGAAAGAUUUAGGGUUUGUGGCUUAUGCACACACAGAGGAGAUGGUGAGAGGAAAGAUCGAGAUAAAAAGAAUCGAAAACGUGACGAGCAGACAGGUGACCUUCUCGAAGCGUAGAAACGGUCUCUUGAAGAAGGCUCAUGAACUCUCAGUCCUGUGCGAUGCAGAAGUUGCCGUCAUCGUCUUCUCCCAGAAAGGAAGACUAUACGAAUUCUCUAGCUCCGACAUGCAGAAAACGGUCCAACGAUAUGGCAGGUAUACGAAAGAGUUUGUACCAGAGACGUUCGACGUAGAGCGAUACGUUCAGAAACUAAGGGGAGAAAUGGUGGGAAUGGUGAAGAAGAUUGAGCUCCUCGAAAUUCAUCAACGGAAGCUGAUGGGACAAGAUUUGUCUUCGUGUUCCAUGGAAGAACUUCAUGAGAUCGCCAGCCAGAUCGAGAAAAGCCUUCAUAUUGUAAGAUCAAGAAAGGCUCAGUUAUAUGAAGAUCAACUGGAGAAACUUAAGGCAAAGGAAAGAGAGCUCUUGGAGGAGCGAGCAAGACUACGCAUAAAGUAUGGAGAAGGGCGAUGGACGAUGUUCGAGACCGAACAAAGGGAUAAAGCUGCAGCCACCGGCUGUGGAGGAGGCCGACGGACACCGGAGGUCGAAACCGAUCUGUUCAUCGGCUUGCCGGAGAAUCGACUGUGAGAUUCUCCCCGACCGAUCGUUUGAAUUAUGAGAUGUCGUUUCUACGAUUAAUAAUUUGGAUGUUCUCUCUCUUCCAAUAUAUAUAUAUAUAUAUGUAUGUAUGUAUAUAUAUUGUAUAAAACGGAAAAAUAAUGUGAUACAAUGUCAUC